CUUCGGCCGUCCCCUCGUCAACCCCACCAAUAAAUACCCUUCGAAACGCCACUCUCUAGAUCCCACCGCGCAUUCUCACACUCUCUCUCUCAAUCUGCAAGAAAGAAGAAAAGAAGCAGAUCAAAAAGAUCACACCCCCAAGAACCGGCCAUGCCGUACUACCACCGCAGCGAGGAGGACGACAUCGAGUUCAACGAGUACGACCCCACCCCCUUCGGUGGCGGCUACGACAUCACCCUCACCUACGGCCGCCCCCUCGAGCCCUCCGAAGAGAUCUGCUACCCCUCCUCCUCCUCCUCCGGGGGCCUCGAGGACGACUACGACUGCCCCCACUUCGCCUCCUCAUACGACGAGCCCGCCGCCUACGCCGAGGACGUCCUCCAGGCCGAGUACAGCAGCUACGCCAGACCCAAGCCCCGCCCCGGCGGCCCCCCUCCUCCCCAGCCGGGCUUCGGCGGGCCCGGAGGUCCCGGCCCGGAUUUCGCAUCUGGUUACGGCGGGAGGCCAGGGGAGCCCGGCUCCGGGUAUGGCGGGAGGCCGGAGGAGCCCGGCUCCGGGUAUGGCCGCAAGCCUGAUUUUGAUAGGCCUGGAUCCGAGUACGGUCGCCGUCCGGAGGCAGAGUAUGGUUCCGAGUACGAAAAGCCUAGCUCGGAGUACGGCCGUCCCGGAUCUGAGUACGGAUCCGGGUAUGGCGGGCGGACCGAGUAUGAGAAGCCCAGCUCGGAGUACGGAUCCGGGUAUGGCGGCCGGACUGAGUAUGAAAAGCCCAGCUCGGAGUACGGAUCCGGAUAUGGCGGGCGGACCGACUACGAGAAGCCGAGCUCGGAGUACGGAUCUGGAUAUGGUGGCCGGACCGAGUAUGAGAAGCCGAGCUCGGAUUACGGAUCUGGAUAUGGCGGGAGGACCGAGUAUGAGAAGCCGAGCUCGGAUUACGGAUCCGGAUAUGGCGGGAGGACCGAGUACGAGAAGCCGAGCUCCGAGUACGGAUCCGGAUACGGCGGUCGGACUGAGUACGAGAAGCCCAGCUCGGAGUAUGGAUCUGGGUAUGGUGGUCGGACCGAGUACGAGAAGCCUAGCACCGAGUAUGGAUCGGGAUAUGGUGGGCGGACUGAGCAUGAAUCUGGUGGGUCCGAAUACGGAUCUGGGUAUGGUCGCAAGCCCGGGUAUGGUGAGCAGGAAGGUGGUGAAUUUGGGUAUGGGGGGAGGCCACAGAGGACCGAGAUUGAGAGGCCGAGCUACGGCGGCGAUGACGAGCCUCCGAGAAGGCCGAGUUACGGGACCCAGGAAGGGGAAGGGUUCGAGAGGCCGAGCUAUGGGCGGACCGAGGAGGAGGGAGAGGGUUAUGGGAGGCCGAGGUAUGGGAGGAAGGACGAUGAUGAGGAUGAAGACAAGCCCAAGAGGUAUGGGUAUGGCGAAGAGGAGGGCUCUGGACGCAAGAAAUAUGGAGAUGACGGCUCUGGCGAGGAUGAGGACGAGGAAAAGAAGCAGUACCGCCCCAAGCACCACCACCACCACCGCAAGCACUAUGACGAUGACGAGUGAUGGAAUCCUCGGCCACCUCUUGGUGGGAACCCAUAUGCUAUUUUAAGCUACUAAAUAAAGGGGUUUCCAGUAAUGCCGUGUGUGUUUGAUGUUGCUUUUAUCUGUCUGCUUGUGCUCGUGACAUAAAUCUGUGUUAUGUCUUGUGCUUGUGUUAACAAAUAAAUGCCCAAACAUUUCGGGUACUUGAGGUUAUGUGAUAUAAUCGUGACCUGGGUUUGAUAGUU